CAUAUGUUUUUAUCGUUGUGGCAGUGUUUACUUAUGGGCAAGUUGAAAUACAAAUUCUUUCGUACAUUCGCAAAUUUCGAGUUACCCUUUUCAAAUCGCGCGGUCUGCAGUCAAAUGAGCACCCACGUACGCAAUAUCGGUGAUUGCGACCAAUUUAGUGAACUCAAUGAAACGUGGGUCUUUGGUUACGGGUCACUCGUGUGGAAAGCCGAUUUCCCUUACGAGGAGAAGCGCACUGGCUACAUUAAAGGAUUUUUAAGAAGAUUUUAUCAAAACAGUAUAGAUCACAGGGGAACGCAUGAAAAGCCGGGACGAGUGGUGACAUUAAUUCAUUCGAAUGAUGCUGAGGCUAAGGUAUGGGGAAUGGGAUAUCGUAUUGGAAAGAGCAACGUCACUGCAGUGCUGAGUCAUUUGGAUUAUCGAGAAAAGAAUGGCUACGAUCGACAUAGGCUACUAUUUUAUCUAUAUCCUCCUAGCGAUACACAAACGAACGAGCCAAAGAAUAUUCUUUUGUACUUGGCAAAACAAGAAAAUCCUUCAUAUGCGGGCCAGCAUGACAGCUUGGAAAAAAUAGCAGAACAAAUUUCCGAAGCUGCUGGUGAAAGCGGACAAAAUACGGAAUACGUUUAUAAAUUGGCUGAUGCUAUGCGGCAGUUAUAUCCCGGCGAGGAAGAUGAUCAUUUGUUUAGUCUUGAACAAAUUCUAAAAUCUACAGAGGCAAGAAAAAAUAUUCGCAACGCUACGUCAUCUUGCGAUGUCGAUAGGGCGAACGUAUGUAAAGAAGGUUAGAAGAAAGUAUACCGUUUAGAAGUCUGCUUUCGAUUUUAGUCAAUUGAAAAUUGUAUGUAAAUAUGUAGAAAAAAUUAUAAUAAAAUCUAAUUAUA